GGCAGACGGAGGAACUGAAGACUGUCGUCACGCGAGCUGAUGAACAUUAAUGAAGUUGCCAUGAAACCGACACCGCAGUUCCUCAGGAUUAAUGGCGUCAGCGGCAACCGGAUCCGCGUGAAACACACACACACACUGUUCACUCAGAGUGCAGUCUCACACAGAGUCUGUCCGUGUUCUUCCCGAUGGACAAGAGUGUGAUCAAACUCAGCCACUGUGAGAAGGACAUCUUCUGCUUCUUCGUCCCGGAUCAGUGUCCCGAAUGCGGGAUGAGCUUCAGUGGGAAGAGGCUGGAGGAGGCGCCGGUCAGCGUCCCCAACCCCUUCUCUAACGGACACAAGGUCCCGUGCGCUUUCCUCGUGGCAUCGGCAGAACACAGUGUGCUCAGGGACUUUGACGGCCGCUCGGAUCUACACACAGGGAUCACUAACACUAAUGGAAUAGUGUACAACUACACGAGGGCGGGAGUGCAGCGGGAACAGGAGGGAUGGGAACGCUGUGUGUGUGUGCCGCUGGUCCAGCCCGACAUGUUCAGUCUCCUAAACCAGUGGGACCAGUACCUGGAGAAGUUCUCCUCCCAUCAGAUGUGGGACCCACUGUGGCACAGCUUUAACGAGGAAACACACAACUGCUACAGCUUCACGCUGACUUUCAUCAACUGUGUUCUGGCGGCGCAGUCCAAGCCGGGCCUGAGCAAAGACGGCUUCACACACACCUUCGUUCUGCCCCGGAUCAGGAGAGCCUCCAAGUACAUGAUGUUGUGUCGUGAGAUUUCCCAGAACCACUUCUACAUCGUCGAUAACCCGAAGAGGAACUCGCAGGAGAGUCCGAGCGAGGAGGACGAGGACAGCAAGAACCUCUGAGCCCAUAGUUCAUCAUAUUUAUGAUUCAUGUAUCUUGUAUCAAGGUGGAAUUUGAUUGAAUGAUGCCUAAAUGUGCCUAUUACUGUUAUAUGAGCUGAAACUACACUUUUGUAAAGCUAUAUUGUAUUCAUAUUUCACUUCCAGAAAACACUUUACGGUUUAGAUA